AUGGUGGAAGGUGGAGGGGGUGUCGCUGGUGGAAGGUGGAGGGGGUGUCGCUGUUGGAAGGUGGAGGGGUGUCGCUGUUGGAAUGUGGAGGGGGUGUCGCUGGUGGAAGGUGGAGGGGGUGUCGGUGGUGGAAGGAAGGAUCUAAAGGGGUGUCGAUGGUGGAAGGAAGGAUGUGGAGUGGGUGUCGCUGGUGGAAGGAAGGAUGUGGAGGGGUGUCGAUGGUGGAAGGAAGGAUCUGAAGGGGUGUCGAUGGUGGAAGGAAGGAUGUUGAGUGGGUGUCGCUUGUGGAAGGUGGAAUGUGGAGGGGGUGUCGCUAGUGGAAGGUGGAAUGUGGAGUGGGUGUCGCUGGUGGAAGGAAGGAUGUGGAGUGGGUGUCGCUGUUGGAAGGUGGAAUGUGGAGGGGGUGUCGCUGGUGGAAGGUGGAAUGUGGAGUGGGUGUCGCUGGUGGAAGGAAGGAUGUGGAGUGGUAUCGCUAGUGGAAGGUGGAAUGUGGAGGGGGUGUCGCUAGUGGAAGGUGGAAUGUGGAGUAGGUGUCGCUAG